GUAACUUUUUCCUAUAGGUACUUUUCAUGUAUCUCACCACGGUAUUAUUCAGUCUACUGAAACUACUAUUUGUAAAAAUAUAUUUUUGCGAAUGUGAAAACUUUUUUUUCAAAUUAUGAAAAAUUUCAGCAGAAUCACAAAAAUUGAUGUUAAAAAUUUGAAACGAUGUUAUUGCGUCUCUUCCUCGGAUUCGCCAAAAAUUCCAGAGUUUGCGUAUAUUCCAAAGCCAUAUAAAGGAUUAGAAUAUGAUAAAAUUCAAAAAAUCCGAAACGAGAACAUUGUCCCCUGUAUACAGCAAUAUUAUAAAAAACCUUUACUGUUACACGAGGGUAAAAUGCAAUGGCUUUUUGAUCACGAAGGGAAAAGAUAUCUCGAUAUGUUUGGUGGUAUCGUAACUGUCAGCAUAGGUCAUUGUCAUCCGAAAGUAACACCAACUGCUCAUGAACAAAUAGACACAUUAUGGCAUAGUACCAAUAUUUAUCAGCAUCCUAAACUUUACGAAUAUGCGGAAGAAUUGACAUCAACUUUACCUUCUUAUUUGAAUGUUGUCUAUUUUGUAAAUAGUGGAUCUGAGGCAAAUGAUUUGGCUUUAUUCCUUGCUCGUUUAUACACCAAAAAUUUUGAAAUAAUUUCAUUCCGAAAUGGCUAUCAUGGCAUGAGUCCUUACAUGAUGGGCACAACUGCUUUAUCAACUUGGCGUUACAAUGUUCCUAUUUCCUUUGGUGUGCAUCAUGCCAUGAACCCAGAUGUUUAUCGAGGAUUGUGGGGAGGAAAACACUGCCGUGAUUCUCUUGUACAAACAACCAGAGAUUGUGACUGUACAAAAUACCGUUGCAAAGCAUCUGAAAAUUAUUACGAACAGUUGGAAGAAGUUUUUAAGUAUUCUAUCCCUUGUGGACAUGUUGCUGGUUUGAUGGCAGAAUCAAUACAGGGUGUAGGCGGUAUUGUUCAUUUUCCUAAAGGCUUUCUUCAAAAAGCUUACGAUUUGGUUCAUACAAAUGGGGGAGUUUGCAUUGCUGAUGAAGUUCAAACUGGUUUUGGAAGAACUGGAGAUCAUUUUUGGGGAUUUCAAAUGCACGGUAUUAAACCGGACAUUGUAACUAUGGCUAAGGGUAUUGGAAAUGGAUUUCCUAUGGCUGCGGUAGUUACGACAGCUGAGAUUGCAAAAGUAUUGAAUUAUUCGUCUCAUUUCAACACUUUUGGUGGAAAUCCAUUAGCUUGCAGUAUUGGACUGAAAGUUUUACAGGUUAUGAAAGAAGACGAAUUACAAUACAAUUGUAAAAUCGUUGGUACAUAUUUAAUUGAAGAAUUGGCCAAAAUGAGGGAUGAAUUUGAAUGUGUCGGAGAUGUCAGAGGAAAAGGCCUCAUGAUUGGCGUAGAACUAGUGAAGAAUAAAACUACUACAGUUCCUUUUAGUGCCGCUGAUUUUGUAAAUAUUUGGGAAGAUUGUAAAAAUAUGGGCGUAUUGAUUGGACGAGGAGGACUGAAUGGAAAUGUGUUAAGAUUUACUCCACCAAUGUGUGUAACAAAAGAAGAUGCAAAAUUUACAGUUGAUGUAUUAAGAAAAGCAUUAAAAAAUUAUUAUAAUAAUGCCAACAAAAAUAAGUAUUUAUUGUAGGCUAUCGUAUUAUGUAGGAACCUGGCGUAAUGAGUCGAAUGAGAAAAAAAAUAAAUUACCUAUGGUACCUAUCAACUUACUCAAGUAAUGCUGAAUUUCAGUUUCAAAAAAACUGAUUAUUGUGUAGGUAUAUGUAAUGUAUUUUCAACUAAUUACUCAGCGGAAGUAUUCAAUUUUUAAGUUUGUACAUCUACAAUUUUUUUACUUACUGAUUUUGAAUUAAAAUUUUAAUGUAGA